AUGUCUGAAGCUGCAGUAGAAGGGCUUAAACAUGUAGCAAAGAUUGCCAAUGCAGCAUCAUCGUUCAUUCCGGUACUUGAUGCUAUAUCAAAACUGAUUAAUGAAAUAGUUGGAAUUUAUGAAAAAUCCGAAUUCAAUAAAAAUAUGUGUUCCAGAUUAGUUGAUCGUGUGUUAAUGGCAGAAUUUGAAAUAAAAAGAUUAAAAUUAAUCAAAAAACAAUAUGAAGGAAAAUUUCAAGAACAAGAAUAUUAUGAUUCUCUUCAAAAAUUUAAAACUACAUUGGAAAAGAUUAAAAGAUUUGUAGAUGAAUUUUCAAAUAUGAAAUCUAUUAAUAAAACAUUUAGAGCAACAGAGAUUAAAGAAAAGUUUGAAUCUCUAGCUGAAGAGUUUGAUACCACUAUGAAACAUUUAAACUUUAGUAUGGCAAUUGAUUUUGAAGAACAGCGAAGGUUGGAUACCGACGAAUUAAAAUUAAGUUUAAAUGAAAUAAAAGAGAUAUUGAAAAUUUCUGGGUUCAAUUCUGAAGUUAUUUCAGAGGUCAAUAUCAUGAAGUCCCAGGACACUUCAGUUUUUAAGCCGGUUUAUAUAGAACCAAAAGACUUAACUCCUUGUUCUUUGAGUCCCGAUGAAUUUUCUAGAGUAGGAAAUUCUUCAUAUUUGUGUAAAAGAAUGUAUAAAUUUGAAGAGAUGGUUGCGGGUUAUAGUCCUAAGAUUGCAAAUUUUGAUGUAGCUCGAAAACAAAAUGAAACAACUAGUGAAAUUCCUGAUCUUAAAAAAGUUGUACGUUGGAUGGCCCCUGAAAAAAUAAAAGGUGAUCCUUAUACUACAAGAUGUGAAAUUUUCAGCUUUGGAAUGUUACUUUGGGAACUCACUUAUGAAAAGGAACCAUAUCACACCAUUGAAACCUUUGAAAGAAUCAAAGAUCUUGUUACGAAUGGUUAUAGAGAAAAAAUUUCUUUUCCACCUACAAAGGAUCAAAAAAUAAGUGAAAUUCAAAAAAAAUUUGAAUAUAUUAUGAAAUCAACUUGGCACGAUAAUCCUAGACAUCGAAUUGGUGUUGGUGAAUUAUAUGUGCAUCUAGAAAACUUGGCUGAAAAAUAUGUUAAACCUGGUGACUUACCCAAAAUAUGUAAUAAUAACGAAAUAGACUUCGAUGGAUCUAAAUUUUAUGGAAACGAUGAAAUUGAUAUGGAUUUCAUCAAUCAGACAGUGUCUGAACUUAAAUUUAACUUUUGUGAUGCUGAAAUAAAAGUGCCCACUCCUCUUAGCGAAGGACUAAAAAUUCAUCAAUCAAUAAAUAAAGAGGAAUCAAAUACUCCUGCAACAAGAGAAGAGUUUAUUAAAUAUCUUACAUUGGCUGCUGAUAAUUGUAAUCAGUUCGCAUUAUAUCACCUAGGUGAAAUGUAUUUAAAUGGAAAUGCAAAGUUUCAUGUUAAACCUGAUCGUGAACUUGCUAUUAGAAAGUUGAAAUUGGCCACUUCUCUUGGAAAUCCAAAUGCAAAGGUAUUAUUAAAAAAAGUGGGUGAACUAACUGAAUAA